AUGACAACAGCCUCAGACCCAUGGGUGAUUGUUGUUGGAGCAGGGCCUUCCGGUCUUCUCCUAGGACUGCUCCUAGCACAGCAAGGGAUCGCUGUGCACCUUAUUGAUCAGUCUGAUAAGCUUGAUGAACAACCAAGAGCAACUCAUUACGCCACGCCAGCCGUGUCCGAGCUGAGGCGAGCUGGUGUCACAGACGACCUUCGUGCAGCAGGAUUCAUACCGAAUACGAUAUGCUGGCGGAAGUUAGAUGGUACUUAUCUUACCGGUCUGGAUUCCAGGGUUCUUGGGGAUGAUCCUGAUCGGAUGAUAUGCCUACCAUUGAAUAAAGUCUGUCAAAUACUGUAUAACCACUUGACUCGACAUCCAUCUGCGACGGUGUCUUGGGGACAAAAGGUUGUCUCCAUUGGACAGGACGAAAAUACGGCCUGGGUAGAUGUUGACACGCCGCAAGGCCAGAAGACUCUCCACGCGAAAUAUAUUGUUGGAUGUGAUGGUGCGAACAGUCGGGUACGGCGCUCCCUGUUUGGAGACUUUCCUGGCAAAACCUGGGACCAGCAGAUAGUUGCUACAAAUACAUACUACGACUUCGAGAAAUUUGGCUGGGAGGACUCGAAUUUCAUAAUACACCCUGAGCACUGGUACAUGGCUGCCAAAAUCACCAAGGAUGGUCUCUACCGCGUGACGUAUGGGGAACUUCCUGGUCUUACGAACGAAGAACUACGUCAACGUCAGCCAGAGAAGUUCAGAACCAUGCUGCCAGGCCACCCUGAACCGGAAGAAUACAACAUUGUCAAUUUCAGUCCUUAUAAGAUUCAUCAACGCGUCGCCCCUAGCAUGAGGGUCGGAAGAUUCUGUCUAGCUGCAGAUGCCGCACACCGCAAGUCACUUCUCUCCCCUGUCGUAUGUAAUCCUUUCGGUGGCAUGGGAUUGACCAGCGGCAUCGUCGAUGUGGGUGGGCUAUUUGAUUGUCUCCUCGGGAUUCACGAAGGCGGUGCCGACGAGUCGAUAUUGGACAAGUACUCUGAGAUCCGGCGUCAGAAAUACCAUGAGAUCAUUGAUCCCAUUUCGAGUCAGAAUAUCCUGCGGCUGUUCGACCAGGAUCCAGAGACGGCUCUCGAAAACGACGAGUUCUUGCAAAUAUUGAAGCGAGGAGAGCAAGAUCAUGACUUUGCCAGAGAAGUUCAACUCGGUAUCAACCGCUUGAAGCAUGAUUUCACUCAAUACUAUCACCAGCCUCUAAGGACUGGGACUGACAAGUUUGCCGGAAAUCUCUCUCCAGCGCAUGAUAUUCCCCUCCAAGCAGCUGCUAUUGGUGUAGCAGAUUGA